UGGCCACUCCUAGUCCUUUCCUUCCCCUUUCCUCUCCCUUCCUCCCUGGGUCGCCUUCUUUGGGCUCCUGAUUCAAGGCUGGGGCUGAGCCCCCUCUUUGCCCUGAGAGAGACCCAGGGAUGGAGCCCUCUGGCCCAGGCGCCCCUCCUUUGCCUCUCCCUUCUCCUCCUCCUCCUUCUCUGGGCGCCGACGUGGCUGGAGGCGAGGAGGACCCAGCUCCUGCCCCCCUCCCUCUGCCUUCUGCACCGGAGCUCCUGGGCUUCGACGAGGAGGACGAGGACCUGGAGGUCUUCAGCAAGGAUGCAUCCCUAACGGAAGUAAAUUCAUUCAGUCCUUUGAUGCCAACCUCUCCAUCUUCUAUGAUAAACCAAUAUAAAUUUGAAGAUGAACCAGAAUCAAAGGACCUUUUCAUUACAGUUGAUGAUCCAGAAAGCCACAUCACUACCAUUGAGACAUUCAUCACAUACAGGGUGGUGACAAAGACAACCCGAGGUGAAUUUGACUCCAGUGAGUACGAAGUUAGACGACGAUAUCAAGAUUUUCUUUGGUUAAAGGGAAGACUUGAAGAAGCACAUCCAACACUCAUUAUUCCUCCAUUGCCUGAAAAAUUCAUAAUGAAAGGAGUUGUGGAGCGAUUUAAUGACAAAUUCAUCGAGACGAGAAAGAAAGCUCUACAUAAAUUUUUAAACCGGAUUGCUGAUCAUCCCACUUUAACAUUUAAUGAGGACUUUAAAAUAUUUCUCACGGCACAAGCCUGGGAACUUUCAUCUCACAAGAAGCAGGGCCCUGGCUUGUUCAGCAGAAUGGGGCAAACUGUCAAAGCAGUGGCCUCCUCCAUGAGGGGAGGAGCUGUGAAAAACCGUCCAGAGGUAUUUACGGAAAUGAUUGAAUACGUGGACGUUUUUAGUCAGAAGAUCAGUCUCUUGGACAAAAUCUCCCACCGAGUUUACAAAGAAGAAAAAGACUAUUUGUAUGAAAUGAAAGAAUAUGGCCCAAUACACACGCUUUGGUCAGCCUCUGAAGAAGACCUGGUAGACAUACUGAAAGGGUUGGCUAGCUGCAUUGACCAGUGUUGCAAGGCUACAGAGAAACGGAUGGCUGCACUUUGUGAAAUCCUUUUUCCUGCUCUACAAGAAUAUUUGCUUUACAGUGAAAUAUUAAUGGGAGUCUUAAAAAGAAGAGACCAAAUCCAAGCUGACCUGGAUGCCAAAAUUGAUGCCUUAUAUAAUAAAAAGAGAGAAAAUGAUCUGCUGUCUGAAGAGAUUGGAAGACUUGAAGACAAAGUUGAGUGUGCCAGUAACGCUCUACAGGCUGACUGGGAUAGAUGGAAGCAGAGUAUGCGUCUUGAUAUGAAGAUGGCAUUUAGCAAUGUAGCAGAAAAUAAUAUUCACUAUUAUGAACAGUGCCUAGCUACCUGGGAGUCCUUCUUGACAUCUCAAGCAACAGCAGACGCUUGCUCGGAAGAACCACCUGAAGAUCAAACUUGACUUCCUCUUUUAAGGAUCCGUCAUUCUUUCUUGGUAUUGUCACUGGCCAAAGAAGUGAUCUGUAUAGGAGAUCAAAUUCAAAUAUUCAAUAUAACUGUUAAGGUACAUUGGCAUGUGGAAAACAAAUGUAUUAAAAUCUCAGGUGUUCUGCUGUAUUGGAUUGUAUUUGAAUCAUGGAAAGGAGGAAGACACCAAGUUUGGAUGUAACACAGAUAAGGAAAUCUUACUUUCCUCAGAGGUCUUCAGUGUUGGAGUAUAUCCAGCCCCUUUUUGAUGUGAACCAUCUGGUGGAAUAAAGCAAGAAGUGGAGGUUGGAGUGUUUUUAUUCUUCAGGGCUGGACUAAAUUUCCCCUGGUACUGGUGGGCACACUGCAGCCAAAGCUUGGUAGUAGAUCCAAAGUUUUUCUCAUUCACCCAUCCACUCCCAUUCUUUUUGCCUGUCUUAAUGUUGGAGUACUGAUAUUAGGAUCUAAAUGUUGCAGAAUUUUCUGCAGGAACUAGGCAAGGGCUUCUAAGAUGAUUCUAUGAAGGUGCCUCUCUCUCUGCACCCUCCGAGGAGAAAACCUGGUACCACAACUUUUGGUUUAGCAUGAUAAGGAUGAGCUUGAAGUUUACACACACUCACUCCAUCCCUAUUUCCAGCUUUUCUCUUCUCCAUGAAAAGUAUGUCAGUCGUCUUUGCAUAUUAAUUUAGCCUGAGUUCAAAAUUAUGUCCAGAUCCUAUGUUAUGGUUAAUAUUCAUUACUGUUUCUUAGAACAAGCCAUCUUCUUAAAUUAUAGCCUAAACUUGGCUUCUUUUAACAAACCGUAGUUGAAAUUAACCAGAGUUUGCCAUGGAUUCAGAUUGCAAGAAAAGAUAUUCUAACUAAAUAUAAUGAAGAACUUUCUGACAAUAAAAGCUAUUUUCCAAGGAAAUAAACUGACACAGGGGCACACUGUCCUGCAUUGGAGAUCUUUAAAUGGAGGUUCAGUGUCCAUCUCUCAGGUGUACUUCCAUUGUGUAUUGGUGCAAGAUGGGGUUGGAAAGACUGUCCCAUCUAGCUCUGUGAUUUUGUGACCCUAUGUUUGGACAACAUGGCAUGACAUUUAUCAGACAUAAACAGAAGCUUCUAAACCCCUUAUAGCCACACUAGAAAGGAAAGGCAGUGAGUGUGUGUGUGGCUGAUCUGUGUUUUUUCUUGUAAUUUUACACUACGGUACUAUUAUGUUCAGACUGGACAAUGAGUAGCAGAGAGAGAGAGAGAGACUCUUAUCAUUUUUAUGCAUAUAUUUGAUGUGUGUUUUUUAAAUACUCUGUAAUUUGAAUAUAAAAUAUUUUAAAUAUGUAAAAAUAUCUCCAUUUUAAUAAUAAAAAAUUUAACAGAAUUUUUCCACUUCAAGUUAUUUUUUUGUAGUCAAUGAUGCAGGCUAAUUUAAUUUUGAGAUUUAUAAAAACUUUAUAA